AUGCUGGUCCUCAACCGCUCAUCCUCCCAAACUCCCAGGGCUGGGGUCACGGCCACCACUGUCACCACCUGCACGGCCGCCAUCACUACCGCCAGCACCAUGGGAAACCCAGUGAAAAAGCAGAGGCCGCUUUUGCCAAAGGAGAUUGCCCCGGCCAUGCAGCAGGUAGGGCCCAGAACCCCGAGUGACUGGCCUGCACUGCAGCUGGUGGCCCUGCAGCUGGUGCUGGAUCCCGUUAAUAAGAAAGCCCAAAGGGUGCACACUCGCCUGAAACAUAAGACCUGUGAGAGGCGGAAGAUGCAUCUAGAACGUAGAAGUGCCAUCAUCCAAGGAAUCCGUGUCUUUUGUGUCAAAUUUUUCAUGAACUACCCACAAGUGUCAGUUUUGAUGAGCAACCAAGAUGAAGACAUGCUUCACUUCAUGACCAACUUGAAGGUGGAGGAAUUCAGGCAUUCCACUCAAAACUACAAGAUCACAUUGUCCUUUCGGAGGAAUAGGUAUUUCCAGAAUGAAGUGAUUGUUAAGGAGUUUCUGAUUAACAUCACUGGAUAUCAAGCAUCUCAUUCCACUCCCAUUCAGUGGUACCAGGGGUUUGAAUGUAAGGCUUACAGCUGCAGGCACCACGACAGCAGCGUUAAUUUCUUCAACUGCUUCUUUGACCACAACUUCACAGGAUCUGACUGGAUUGCUGAGAUCAUCAUAAAGGAUCUGUGGCGCAAUCCUUUGCAGUACUAUGUAAAGAGGAAGACUCCAACACGAGACAUCCCGGGAGGACGAGAGUUGGGGCCCCCGGGACUGAGCACUGGUGUCCAGCAGAAAGAGAUCACACAGAAACCAUCCACCUCCACAAUCACCCUGGUGACCAGCACCUAUUCGUGGCCCCUGGUGACCAGCUCAGGAUCCAUGAGCACCCUUGCACCUUCUGUCAGCCCACCCAUCACUACUGCUUCAGCUGAUGUCACUGCAGACACCAGCAAGUACACUAGCAAUGUGCCUUUCGCCUGCCUCUCCUUUCUGAUACGUGUUCACACUUACAUGCCUGUUUACGUGUACAGCUUGCUCUGUGAGUGA